GACCCGGCCACCCACUGCCACCGCAGCCCCUAGAUGCCGCCCCCGCUGGCCCCAAAGGCCCCGGGCGCGAGUCCAUGGAGCGACUCCGCAGGCAGCUUCGCCAGGAGGUCCCCGGCCCCCAGCCAGCAGCCCGGCUGGGACGGCGGGGCCAGGCCCUUCCCGGGCCACUUCUGUGAGCUCUGCAAGGUCAGCUGUGCCGGCCCGCAGACUUACCGGGAGCACUUGGAGGGGCAGAAGCACCGGCGGAAGGAGGCGGCCAGGCCGUGCGAGGGCGAGGGCGACCCCCAGGACCCCCUGCACUGCAGCCUCUGCUCAGUAUCCUGCACUGGGCCGGCCGCGUACGCUGCUCACCUCCGAGGCGCCCGGCACCAAAAGGUGCUCAGGCUGCACGGCAAACUGGGGAGACCCGUGCCCCCCACGGCCCCGGCCCUCCCCGCCGCGGCCCCUGCCAGUCCCGGAAGCCGCUCCCCGAGCCGGUCUCCGUCGCCCAAGAGGACGGUGGCCUCGAAAGUCAUGCUUGUGGGGCCCCCCGAGGCGCAUCCGUGCAGCAGCAGACCCCCAGAGGCCAGAGGAGUGGGGCCCGGAGAAUGGGCCCCCCACGGAGGCCCCACGGAAGCUUCUGGAAGCAGCUGUGACUCGCCCCCUGUGGGCCCCGAGUACGUGGAAGAGGUGUGCAACGACGACGGCAAAGUGAUCCGCUUCCACUGCAAGCUGUGUGUCUGCAGUUUCAACGACCGCAACGCCAGGGAUAUGCACGUGCGGGGCCGCCGCCAUCGGCUGCAGUACAAGAAAAAGGUGGACCCGGAGCUGCCGCUGGCGCUGAAGCCGAGCAGCCGCGCGCGGCGCCUCCUGGAGGAGAAGCUGAGGACGCAGCGGCAGCUCACCAAGCGGCGGCUGGAGGGCAUGCGGCGCUGGUACAACGAGAUGAGGCUCUACGAUGCCUGCAAGAGGAGGAUGGAGCAGCAGUCGCAGAGUCCGGAUGAGCAGGUCUCCUGUCCCCUGCCCACCCGGCCCCUGCCCUUCGCAGGCAGCCUGGGGGAGUUGACCACCAAGGCCACAGCAGCCAGGCCCCCGAGGCGGCCCGAGUCCCACGAUGACCGGCAUGUGAUGUGCAAGCACGCAGCCAUCUAUCCCACCGAGGCAGAGCUGCUGGCCGUGCAGCGGGCGGUAGCACAUGCCGAGCGUGCGCUCAAGCUGGUGUCAGACGCACUCGCCCGGGAGCCCAAGGGCACCGACGGCAGCAGCCCGGAGACCUCGUCUCGGAUCCUCAAAGGCGUGAUGCGGGUGGGCCUGCUGGCCAAGGGCCUCCUCCUGCGGGGCGACCGCCAGGUGCAGCUGAUCGUGCUGUGCUCGCAGAAGCCCACGCGCGCCUUGCUGCGGAGGGUGGCGCAGCAGCUGCCCCAGGAGCUGCCGGCCGUGACAGAUGACAGGUACGAGGUGUCACCCGACCCUGAGACCGACAUCGUGAUCUCGUCGUGUGAGGAACCCAGGGUGCACGUGGUCGUGUCUGUCACGUCGCCCCUGAUGCGGGAGGAGCCCAGCACCCACACAGAAGGAUCCGAGGCCCCUGGGCAGGAGCCGGACGUCCUGAGCCCCGAGCGGUGCCUGCAGUCCCUGGCCGCGCUGCGCCAUGCCAAGUGGUUCCAGGCGCGAGCCAGCAGCCUGCAGCCCUGCGUCAUCGUCAUCCGGCUCCUCCGAGACCUGUGCCAGCGCGUGCCCACCUGGGGGGCCCUGCCUGACUGGGCCCUGGAGCUGCUGGUCGAGAAGGCCCUGAGCAGCGCCGCGGGGCCGCUGAGCCCGGGGGACGCGGUGCGGCGGGUCCUGGAGUGCGUGGCCUCGGGGACACUCCUGAGAGACGGGCCGGGCCUGCAGGACCCCUGCGAGAAGGAGCAGAUGGACGCCCUGGGCUCCAUGAGCCUGCAGGAGCGGGAAGACGUCACGUCCAGCGCCCAGCACGCCCUCCGGAUGCUGGCCUUCCGGCAGAUCCACAAGAUCCUGGACAUGGACCCGCUGCCGCCCCCCAGGAGCAGGCUUGGGGCGCGCUUCCGAAAGCGGCUGCGGGAGGCGGCCGAGGGCGAGGCCCAGCGGCAGCAGCAGCAGCCUCGCGAGGGCGCCCAGGGGUGCCCGUGAGCGGUCCCACGGGGC